GUGUGUGUGUGUGUAUGUGUGUAUCUGUAUCUAGUAGUAGCCAUCCCUAGGGCAGGGAAGAGGGGAGAAAAGGGAAAAAAUUUACAUGAUAAUUUUGUUGCAUAUUUGAAAGGAAUAGCAAAUUGUACAUAGUAAGUUUGUAGUUUCAUGUGCAAUUAUCUUUUUAUUGUACCAUAUUAUGGAAAUGCUUGUUUUGUUCCAUAAAUUAGAAAUAAAAAUAAAAAGUUAAGAGUUAUCCAAAAGUGGAACAAGUUCUUCCUGAGAAGGAGUUGCAACUGGUCUUUAAAUAGAGGCUAGACGAGUACUUGUCUUUGUUAUAGCGGGGACUCCUUUCAUGGAUGGAUUAGCAUCUACAGCUUGAGAACCCCAACUCCUGAAUUCUGUGAUUCUGAGAGCAUUCCAGGGAUGUGAGUAAUUGAAGAAAACUCAAGCCGUCACAAGAAGCUGCAGCAUCCUCAGUCUCGUCACAAUUGAGCACUUUGGUGGAACAUGUCCAACCAACCCUUAGGUGCCAUUGGAAAGGGUGAACAUUUACCUUUGGCCCUAUCUGCUCCCCAGCCAGGUCUAGUACCUGGUGGUCGCUGGGGGGAGGUGGACAAGAUCCCUUUCCUUCUCCAGCUAACGGGAGACUUGAGUAACAGUAGCGUGGAAGUGUGAAGGACAGUGACGAGGUCAGAAUUCCUGAAGCCGGGCAACUUCAGGGCUCUGGAAGGCUCUCAAAUUUUCCUAAUCCGCAAACUCUCCACCCCACGUCCCCUUUGGCUAGGACGUCCGUUCCCAAGGAGUUACAGCGUCUUUUUCACGCUUUGCAUUUGAAUCGAGGUUGCUAGGCUUAGGGAAUCCAGUAACAGGGCUCGACCCAAGCCGUAAAGCUUGGAGGCGCGCCGGGCUGCAGCACCUGGGAAGAAUCUGAGAAUCUGCAGAGGCCUGGAGACCCCCAGCUCCCUCCCAGGGUGGUGACCACUCCAUUUGAUCAGAGGCUUGUGGCUUCCCCGGCGUGGGAAGUGUGCCAGCAGCAGCAACAGCAUCUCCACCGGACCCGGGUGCCUGAGGGCGAGGCCGGCCCCGCAGCGCGCGCUCAACCCAGCCCGGGCGGGCUCGCGACAAAGUCCCUAGAAACUCUCACCACAAGUCCCUCCCCCCUCCCCCCGUUCCCUUUCCCCCUUCCCCCCCCUCCCCCUCUCCCGGUCUUUUUGUCCCCCGCCCCACCAACAGCAGCAGCAAACCAACGUGCCUCGGCCUAAUAGAGCACUAACCACCGCAGUCGGAAGGGAGGAAGGAGCCUCCCCGAAGGAGGAGGGGAAGAGUCCGCAACACGGCUAUGCGGGAGAAACGGCUCACCACCGAGCCACCAGUUAUAACAGCAGAAGGAUUUGAAAAUUCUUUAGCAACUGAUGGUUUGCUUGUAGACUACUUCAAUGAAUUUUUAAGUCUUCCAACUUUUUCAGAGGCAAUUAGAUUCAAUGUGGACUAUGGAGUUUUUGAAGUACUUAAUGAUGCCCCAAAUAUUCUAGAAAAGCAACUGAAAAGAAUUCUAUAUGAACAAAAACCUCGAAAUCCAAUUUAUGAUGUUGUAAGGAAAGAAAAAUAUGAUAUGAUAUUUAAUAAACCAAUUAGCUCUACUAAACAAAGCACUAUAAAGAUCAACUAUAAUAUUAUGUCUCUCAACCGUGAACAAAGUAUCCAGUGGAUUAAGAAAGAGAGACUUCCAGCAUUUCUGGAAAGUGAUUGUUACUUUGAAUACAGGUUAGCUAAACUCAUAUCACAAGUGAGAUGGAGCAGAUCAGGCAUGAAAAUGCACAUAGAUUCUCUUUAUAGGCCCUGGGUUACUAAAAAGCUAGAAGCUCCACCCCCUUCGAUUGCUGAAGAUGAAAAUGAGCUACUUAUGAAAAAAUACUACAUUUCGCUUGGCGAGGCUACAUUUACUCAGACACAAGAUUGGUUUACAAUGGCAAAACAAAGCCAGGCCACAGUGACAACCUUCUCAUCACCUACUAGUAUUAUCAGUUCUAGGAUUCAAGAGAAAGCCUUUGAGGGUGAUAACAUUUUUGAUGAACCUAUGAAGAAAGAUUCAAGCACUGAUCCUGGAUCAUCAUUAGAAACUUUGGAUGCAAAAGGUUUUCUAUCUGUUAAAGACUCUCCUUCUCAUGCUCUUUUGAGAAUUUAUUUAGAAAGAAAACAGGCCAAUCAGGAUUUGGAAGUAUUUUUCACAACAUUUGAAGAAUUUGUAACUGCUUAUAUAAACUUUAUUAUGAAAUCAGCACUAGCAAAACUUGUUCAACGGCCACUUAAAGAAGACGUUAUAAACUUUGAUAAUGUUUCACAAGUGGUGAUACAAGCUCAGAAGGAGAAUGUUGAAAGGAAAAUUUCACAUUUUUCUGUUGACAUCAAAAAGAAUGAGUUUGAUGAGAAUGUAGAGCUCGUGAGUUUAUGUUCAAGAACUGAAAGCAUCGGAGUAGAUGCCAGAGCUGAUUGGUGUCUUUCUCAUAAAACUUACGACAUUGGCACCAGGAAAGAGUUUGAAAGAUUUAAGAAGUUUAUAAAAGGGACAUUAGGGGAGAGAUAUCGGUGGCUCUGGAUGGAUAUUGAAAGAUUAAAGGUUCUUAGGGAUGCUGGAAGACGUCAGAGACACCUUGAGAAGAUGAGAAAAUGCUAUCUAGUGAGUACUGGAGAGUGCUAUCUCACUCCAGAAGUCUUAAUAAAACUUAAUUUAAUAGAUGGAUCUUUUUGGAAUGAGCCACAUUUGAGAUGCAUUCAGGCUGACGUUGUGAAACCCUUACUUCAGUAUUGGGGACCUAGAUUCUGUGUAACACAUAAAUAUGAAAUUAAAAAUGCCAGUGCUGAACUGAAAUUCUGGCAUUCCCGCCAAGAGCAACCAAGGAAAGAUAUCGAUCCUUUCCCACAAAUGGUGACGCUUUUACCACUAAGACCUAAAUCUUGCAUGCCACAGAUUUCUACAUUAAAGAAAGAUGACUUCAUUCAACUACGGUCUUUGAAGUCUGCCAGGAAAUCUGUCAAGAAAUCUGAAAGAGCAAGCUCAGCAACUUUCAGAAAGUUAUCAGGGAAGAGUGAGGCUUCUGAUGAAAUAGCUGAGCAGGAUCUCACUGGGAAGAGUUCAAAGUGCAUGACUAUAAGCAGCAAAGUUAUUCGUUUAACAUCUUUUACUGACAUUUCUGAGUGUCUGAAGCCUCAGUUAGAUAGAAAACUCAGCUAUACUGAAGAAACUACUGUUAAAAAAGCUCCAGCUGAUGCUGCCUUAUUUGGAUCUGAAAUGGAAAAUUUGCUACAAUCUUUAUUUGUGGAAAAUAGAGCUGGAUACUUCUUCACUAAGUUCUGUGAACGUUCAGAGAACAAGCUUUGGAAGAACAGUGCAUAUUUUUGGUUUGACCUGCAGGCUUAUCAUCAACUAUUCUACCAAGAAACACUUCAGCCUUUUAAAGUAUGCAAACAGGCACAAUAUCUUUAUGCUAUGUAUGUAGCUCCUUCAGCUACUCUUGAUAUUGGAUUAGAGAAGAAAAAGAAAAAAGAGAUUUAUAUGAAAAUAGACCCACCGUUUGAAGAUCUUUUUGAUGCAGCAGAAGAAUACAUCCUACUCCUCCUUCUUGAACCCUUCAAAGAGAUGGUGAAAUCAGAUCAAAUUAAUUAUGGACAGGUGGAGUUGUUGCAACAAAAUCGACAGCUGGAUUCCUGGUAUUUAAGAAAGCUGCAGGCUAUGCACAAAGAGUCAUCUCCCAAGACUGAAGAGGAGGCUGUAUUGGAUUUACCAGUCCCUUAUAUUCCUAAAGAAACGCAACUUUGGAAUAAAGUUCCUGAGGAAUUUAGACAUCUUAACUUUAAUUAUCUGCUUAACAACAAGCUGGAGUUUGAACAUUUUCGUCAGUUUCUUGCUGCUCAUUCUGCUAGUAUGGAUCUCAUGUGCUGGACCGACAUUGAGCAGUUCAGAAGAAUACUUCAUCAAGAUAAAAAGCAAAGAGAAGCAAAAUCAGUAGAGAUUAAAAACAAAUACCUUAACAAGAAAUACUUUUUUGGACCCAACAGCCCGGCUACAAAAGAGCAACAAGAUGAGAUAAUGCAAUUAGGUGGUGGCUGGGGAAUGAUUCUUCAUGAGCAGCUGGCAUCACCUGUUCUGCUGGAAAUUCAAAAAUGUGUCCAAAGGAGGCUAGAAAACAUGUGGUUGCCCUUGUUCCUAUCAUGUGAACAGUUUGCAGCACGUCAAAAAAUAAAGUUGCAGAUGGAGGAUAUAGCUGAAGAAUUUAUACUGAAGAAACGUGGAGAGAAAAUUGGGGUCUGGAAGCCUGAGGAAAGUAAAUGGAUAUCUUCAUCUACUGACAUUAUUGCUUUCCGUAAAGCAUUAUUGAACCCUUUAUUAGCAAAAUUGUUUCAACAAUUUGUAUCACUAAAAGGAGAGUUAUUGGGAAAUGGAGUACUCUUCUGGCAAGAGGUUCAAAAAUAUAAGGACUUGUGCCAUUCUCAUUGUGAGGAUGCUGUUAUCCAGAAUAAGAUCACAACUAUCAUCAACUGCUUUAUUAAUUCCAGUGUUCCACCAGCUCUGCAAAUUGACCUUCCAUUUGAUCAAGCUCAGAAGAUUAUAGAGCACAGGAAAGAAUUAGGACCCUACAUCUUUAGAGAGGCUCAGAUGACAAUUUUUGGGGUUCUUUUUAAAUACUGGCCAGAGUUUUGUCAGUUUCAAAGCAAUUUAACUGAUGAGAAAGUUAUGACUACUUUAGAGAGAAGAAAAGAAUUUAAGAAAAAACAGGCCACUUCCACUGAAGAGAACAAAAUAAAGUUACAGGAUGCAUCAAGAACAGCAAGUGGUUCAGUUUCAGGUACAGGGCGAAUAAGCAGCACUACAGGUUUAAAUAUGCAGGCAUAUAACCGCCAGCCUUCCUGGUGCUACUCAAAAUACAUAGAAGCUCUGGAGCAGGAGAGAACCUUGCUUAAAAUUCAAGAAGAUCUGGAAAAAAAGAUAACAAUGAACAACUCAGCAGGCCCCUCAUCAACUAAUAAGGCUUUUGUUUCUUCAUCUUUGAAUAUGAAUGUAACAAAAUGCAAGGUGUUAGAAGACCAGCAAGGGUGA